CUUUUUAAAAUGAGGAAAAAACUUCCCUUUGUCUGUGUGCUGUUGUUCUCCAGAGGAGACACGGUGCAGCAAUGCUAUAAGCAGAAAUGCUGUAUAAGGCUUGAACCAGGUAUGAAAAUUCGUGAGAUCAUACCUAGAAGUACUUAUUUGAAACCUCUCAAAUAUCCGCACAGGGAUGUUGGAACCAUGGUGAAGUCUCUGCUGAUCCCCUUGACAUACUUCAGCCUUCAAACCUGUCUGGGAAUCCCUCAGGCACAAUGCCAGGUGGAGCUGAGCAUGAUGCCUGAUGCUUUUGAUGACCAGUAUAUAGGAUGUGCUGAAGAAAUGGAUGGAAUUGCACCUGAACUGCUAGAGAAAGAAAAGUCCAUGUCCUCAGUGUUUAGAACGGUGUGGGAAAAUGCAGAAAAAGAAUGGGAAUGUGUAAAAAAAGAAAUUUCUCUCCCCAAAAGCUUUGAAGAUGAGUAUGGAAGAGCCAUAGUAGCCUAUACUGACAAUGACUUUCACAGUGAGUUGAAUGCAGCAGUGAGAGGGGCUGGGACAUCUCGAGCUCAUUACAUGGCCAGUUUCCAGUUCAAAGCCUUUCAUUAUUACUUGACAAGAGCCAUACAGCUCCUACGAGGGAGGUGUGAUGUGAUGUACAAUACGACAGUGUACCGGGGGGUUUCUGUCAGUUUUCAGCACACAGAAUCAGGUGACAUCAGGUUUGGACACUUUGCCUCUUCAUCUAUUAAAGAAGAAGUGGCUGAGAGAUACAGCACUAAGAACCUAACAGCCACGCCCGCACUCUUCACCAUCCGCACGUGCUUUGGCGUGAAGAUCUGGAACUUCUCAUACAGUCCUCCCGACGAAGAAGUGUUAAUCCCAGUCCAUGAGAUAUUCAGUGUGUCCCAAGGACAAGGAAGUAACAGCUUUGACCUCCGGAGCACAAACCGGACCUGCAGCCAUUUUAACUGCGCGUACCUGGGCGGCGAGAAGACCCAAACAUGUGUUUACAACUCUGGUAAGAGAGAAAAUUUUUGUUUUCAUUCUUUUGAAAGUGACUUGACCUCUGUAUUGAAGUGCAGAGCUGAAAGCAACCCCACCACGGAAACAACAUGUCACAUGAAACCAGUUGAGAAAUAAAUGAGGUGAACUGCAUGUUCUGUUUAUUUAUCCAGGUUCUCGUAUGGAGCUCAUGACUAGUAUCUGCGAACCUUCCCCUCUGACUCAAUUCCAGGCGCAGUUGAUUUCAGAAAAGAAAAUUUAAGGAGGAGAAUAACCCCUUAGAGCUCUAAUGAUUCAUCUUCAGUGUUCUGAACUAUAAGCUGAACACUCAUCCCCUAACCCAGCACCACAAGUGUGUCUCCAGCUCUCUCGUCUCAUAACUAGGCCCAUUCUAGCCCCAGUGGAACUACAUCCUCUCAAAGGACUAAACAUAAACAUGGCUAUUUUACCAGAGCAAGUCAGAAAAAUCUCAACAAAAUAUUUUCUCGUUGGAAUUUGACAAAUCAUCAAACUCUUCCCCUUUUGCAGAGGUGGUUUGAUUUUGACACUGUUCUGUCAGAACGCUGCCUGGGUUCUGGCCAGCUCAUCCGCCUGGCUCCUUGGCAGCUUGACUGGUGGGCUGCCUAGGAGUCAUAGACCCAGAACUUCCAGUGCCCCCAACUCUGGGACAGCCUGCUUGGGGCACUGCCCCAGAGCCGACGCGCCGUUCCCUUGUGUGGAGAAUUUCAAAAUGUGGGUGUAUUUUAUUCCAAGUCUGAAUAAAACCAAAUUUUGAAAUUUCGAAAUCCUCCACGAAAUGGAAUGGGCCUUCUCUGCCCAGCUCUACAUUUCUCCCUAAAGCCAAUAAAAACAAACCAACAAAAACUGGAAUACACUUAUGCAGCAUACAAGCUCCAAAUCUGAGCCUCUGGAACUGUCUUGGGGGAAACGUGCUCACCAAUUAUUGAUACUGAAGAAAAAAGCAGGCUGAGGAGGGAGGAAGCAGGUGAAAUAUCUCACCAGUGAGGUGAAUGUCCCAGGCUGGAGUGUCCUGCUGAGGUGAAAUGGGUUAAUGUCUCUCUGCAAUAAGCAGGUUGCAGUAGUUGUUGGGAAGGACACCUGUGUCCAGCUUUAAAGAUCUCUGUCAGUGUAAAAUAAUUUCCUAUCAAUUGUUUGAUCCGCUUUUUCCUAUUAACAGCUGUCAGAGGCGGCCUGGCCUUCCCCAGUGAGCUGAGCCGUCACUGUUUAGAGGAUCCAUCAUCCUGGUCCACGUUGCUUCUCUGAAGCUGUUUGCUGGUUUUUCAAUUGUCCUAUUCGUGUUACCCAUUUUUUUUCUCCAACACAAAUCAUGGUGAGGGGACUUGCCAGAUCCAAAGUCGUCCUGCUAUUCUGCCAGCGUUCCAAAGGGAAACCAGGAACAUGGAGGGAGUGUCGCUGGUACCUGCUUGGGCAAGUUUUGAUUAUACGUUAUCGAUGAGUAGAUCAAAAUGAAAGGUCAUAGUUCUAUUCCAGGUGGGAUUUGUCUUGCAAUGAUAGAGGUAUAAAUUGGAGUCUGUUAUAUAAAUAAACUAUUUGUAUUC